ACUCAAAGUGAACCACCAGGAAGUCUGCCUCGUUCCUGAUGGGCACCAGGAAAUGACUGCAGGAAGCUCCCAGUGUGAGCGAUGGGGUUUGUACCGAGGACCGAUAUUAAAUGAACGACGAGGAGCGGCUGUUUCCCGUUUCAGAACCGACUCCUCCGUCUCUUGGUGGCUGUGUGUAAAAGCUUCAUGUGAUGUACUGUACGGUACUCUAAGGUCCAGACGCUACUGAUUCUGGACCGAGUCAGUCAGAAGUUCUGAGCCGUGACCCAUCUAAGCUCAUUUUACUUCUCUAUCGUGUUUACCUUCUGUCUCAACUUUCACACACUAUCACUGGAUUUUAGAGCCAUUAGUUGAACUCGAACUUUCGUGUUUGGACCGUGUCCCGGCAGCUUGACUCCUCUUUGACUGGAUGAAUAUUCAUGUUGCGCCUUUGGGGCGUGUGCGCUGGUGCGGUGCGCGUUCUCGUGCGCAAGCACCAAAGCCAAAGUUGUCUGGGGCCGUGUAGAGACCGAACCUCUUGGAUCCGUAUUAAGCUCCAGGUCCCGGUCGAGAUCCAGCACCGUGCGCACAGAUCCCGGAUCUGCUGAGGACGGAAACCAGGUCCGCUGCUCGAGCAGGAAGCGAGUUGGAGACGAACUAUUCCAGCAUCUGCUUCAGAGUCGACGGGACCGACGAGGCGUCAGCUCUUCUGCUGGAAGAUGGCUUCCAGUGACUCACGGAUCCAGCAGCAGCCGUCCCAGAAGGAUGCCGCCGACCAGAACUUUGACUACAUGUUCAAGCUGCUUAUCAUUGGCAACAGCAGUGUUGGGAAAACCUCCUUCCUGUUCCGCUACGCUGACGAUUCCUUCACCUCGGCCUUCGUCAGCACCGUGGGCAUCGACUUCAAGGUGAAGACCGUCUUCCGUAACGACCAGAGGAUCAAGCUGCAGAUCUGGGACACGGCAGGCCAGGAGCGCUACCGCACCAUCACCACCGCCUACUACAGAGGAGCCAUGGGCUUCCUGCUCAUGUACGACAUCUCCAACCAGGACUCCUUCAAGGCGGUGCAGGACUGGGCCACGCAGAUCAAGACAUACUCGUGGGACAACGCUCAGGUGAUCCUGGUCGGCAACAAGUGCGACCUGGAGGACGAGCGGCUGGUGCCCACCGAGGACGGCCAGCGGCUGGCGGACGAGCUAGGGUUCCACUUCUUCGAGGCCAGCGCCAAAGACAACAUCAAUGUGAAGCAGGUGUUCCAGCGACUGGUGGACGUGAUCUGUGACAAGAUGAACGAAAGCGUGGAGGGAGAUGGAGGCUUCACCACCAGCCACAACAGCCUGGGCCUCAAAGACUCUGCUGCAGAGAACCAGGGAGGAUGUGGCUGCUGAAGACACACACAGAGACAGAGAGACGCACACGCACACGCACACGCACACACACACACACACACACACACACACACACACACACACACACACACACACAGCUGUGUGCUCCUCUUCCUCUCCUUACUUCAGCUCCACAUUUCAUGGACACUUGGACCAGAUUGUCCCUGUCAGCAGCGUUGGCGCGGCUCAGACCCAUCACUGACCUGUGCUCAACAGAACUGGGUCCGUCAGCCUGUUUGCUGUGACUCCACACACAGCUCCUCGCUUCGGCGUCAGUACCAAACCUGCCUGACACCAUUGAUCCGCUUUCAGCUCAGCUUAGUUUCACUUGCACGUGACCGCCUGCUGCGUAAACACAGAUGAACUGAGGAAAUCCGAUGUUCCCGUUUCCAUGGGCGUUUCCGACAGUAGCCUGGCUGCUGGGGCCAGUAAAUACUGUUCGUGGACUUGAGCAGACCCGGUUCAGGUUCUGCCGCAGAUCUAAAGUGACAUGGUUCCACUGAGUUUGGUUGUUGAAUAUACGCUAUGUUAACACUACAGUCACUUUGGAUUCAGUGCAGGAAUCGUUUCACCUGAUUUGACUUUGAUGCUGAUGGUUCUGUUUGUGGUGGUCCAUUGCAAACAGAGCCCUUUGCCUCUUAGUUCUUUCCUAAUAGAGUGGCCACUCAGUUACAGUUAUGUGUCUGAGCCGUGAUCUGGCUUCGUUCCACCAGAAGCUACUGUUCAUCGGGCACAGUUGGCCCUAAACACUGAGGUGGACCCAGGACGUCCUGUCUCCAGUCUGUGCAUCCACCUGCUGGGAUGAAGGCUCCAUCCAAGCUCCUCUCACCCUCGUGUUUCUGAUAUUUAUCAUGACAGUUGUUUGUGGUGGUUCGAUGGAAAAAUUGUUCAAAGUUUGUCCUAUAAACAUGAAUAAAUGUGAAAUCCAGAAUGAGAA